AUGGCAAGCGCCGAACCAUCCUUCACCCCCGAGAUGCGGGACCGCCAGGCCCGCGGCAAGGACCCUUACCACUCCGGUGACGCUUCUGACGGUAGCGACGACUUCAGCGAGCGGGAGACGGCCAAGAUGAGGCUCGGGAGCGGAAGGACCGAGCAGGAGCCAUUCGACAAGAUUGAGCGCCGUGACUGGGCCAUAGCCGUGUUGGCGAGCCCCGAGCUGGUCAUGAUGUACGCACAGAGUCGAGGCGAUAGUAUCCCGGCCACCCGCUUGUGGCUAAUGAGAGUCAUGUGCGGCUACGAGGACGACAUCCUGGACAACAGCUUCCGCAAGCGUGCCUCGGGCCCACGGCUCGACAGCAGCAGCAAGAAGAAGGGCGGCGGCCGGACGUCGCGAUGA